UGUGAGCCUCAUCAUCUGACGUCUGACUUCAAUCACAAAGAUGCAGGAAGACAGCCCUGGUCGGCGGGGUAGAGCUAGGAUCACGGCCGAGGAGUACAACCACUCACUCGGCAAACUCCUCAGCACGAAGAGGAGGGUAAAGCCAAAUCGUAAGGCGGCAUUCAUGGCCGCCUUUCCAGUCAAAGCCUCGCCAAGACUCCAUUCUGAUGAAGAGGGAGUAUCCGUCCUGCCACUGAAAGAGGCUUCAGUAACUCAUCCUGAGCACAGCAAAACUGCGACAACAGACGAAACAACCAGAGCUGAAUUGAAAAGUCCCGUCGAAGUGAGACAGAAAUUGCAGGUUUUUGUCAGAGGUCUCCUCUUACCAAAGACCCUUUGCCUGCAUCUCGAUCCAGAGACAUCAGUAGCAGCUUUGAAAAAGCGUGUGGAGCUGGAAAGUGGCAUCCAGUCUCAGGAUCAACGCCUUUACAUCGGGAGAAACUUUCAGCUUAGUGAACUGCUCUCAAUUCGCAACCAUGGGAUACAACAAGACCAGAACAUCAAGCUUCGCGUUGGCGGCUUGCUGGGCGGUGGAUCAUUAGAAGACGAAAAGUCGAGAAGCAUUUGCUUCUCAGAAUUGUCAGACGUGCCUGGACGAAGCUGGAAGAGGCUCGCCAGACAAUUGGGAUUCAAGGAAGGACAACUGGACCAAUUCGAAGAAAACUACAGGGGAGACUUACACGAACAAAUCUACAAGAUGUUAGAUGCCUGGUGGAAGAAGCAGGACAACCCUGCCGAUGCUCCUGAGAAGCUGAGAGACGCUCUGCAAGCGGCGGGUCGUGCUGACUUAGCAUCACAAGUACCAGGCAUCGCAGGAACCUCUUUUGAUAUUGAACAGUGUGCAAGAGAACUGGCAGCACAUUACCGAGAGACGAUGAAAGUGACGACACAUCCUAAAGAGAAGCACAUGGCCAGAGAGAUGGAUGACAUGUACGUCAAUCUACAGCUACUAGAAGAGACGAACAUACCAUCUCCUGUCUCCUCAUCAGAGACAGAGAUGCAGGCAGAAACAGUCAGCCAAUCGGAGCAUUUGAAAGCAUCCAAUAGAGCUAGAUGUAUCCCUGAUCUUCCAAAAUCACAACCUGAUAAGGAAAAAGGGCUUCACGUUCAGAAAAUUUCCCUUGACUCAUAUAAAGACAUGCUUGUGCUCAAAUCAAAUCGAUUAUUAAUCAGAGCUGAGGCUGGUUACGGGAAAACCACACUCCUUAAAAGGAUUGCAUACGAUUGGGCGGAUAUGAAAACCAAGGGGGAUCAAACUGAAAACCAACAACAAUCUGAGCCCACAUCAGUUCUGGAAAGAUACGAGCUUGUCUUUAUGGUAGAGGUCAAUCGAAUGGGUAAGAAAUUCGACAUCAUCGACGCCAUAUUCUCUCAGAUACUCACAGACAGCAAACUGAAAAAGAGAGACUUAGAACAAUACAUCCAUGAUAACCCAGAGCGCGUAUUAAUUCUUUUAGAUGGCGCUGAUGAGAUUUCUUUACAAAGAGUAAAGGACGCACAGUGCAAGAACGGAAUUGACUUGAAAGGUGUACUAUCGUUCAAAUCACUGAAGUCGUGCAAGGUAAUAGUAACGAGCCGACAGAAGACGGCAAAUGAACUGCUGACUAUGCAUGCACACUACACAAAAAUUAACAUAGUUGGCUUUGACGAGAAAGACAGGCAAAAGUACGUGAGGAAAUACUUGGCAAAUUUUCAAUCAGAUAAUCAAAACAGCUUCCUUGAAAAGGUGAAUGCAUCUGAAACGCUUCGUAGUUUAGCGGAGAUACCGUUAUUUCUGUGGCUGAUGUGUCACACAUGGGCAGCUGAAGGGAAACUUCCUGAUCAAAUAACAAACCUUUUUGGGGAUACAAUUCAGCUGCUUUUCCAGCAUAAGGAAAGUAAGGAAACAGACGAGCAAGUUUCUGACACUGAGACACAUGUUUCCAAACUUGGUCGGAUAGCUCUUGAAGGUUUGUUAGAUCCAAAUGGGGAAAAACUUCAUUUCAAGGAAGAUGAGAUAGAUUCAGAGGAUCUAGAAAUGUUUGAGAAGGGAUGUGAUGUUGGCUUGUUGUCAAAAAGAAGAAAAUGUCAAGGUCUCAAGACGGUCUCUCACUUUUCGUUCAUUCACAAGACUUUCCAAGAAUAUAGCGCAGCGGUUUAUCUUGUAGAUUUGUCAUGGACUGACAGACAAGCCUUUGACCAAUACUUGUCUCGUAUAUUUCAUGGCAAUGUGGAAAGCGUGGAAUAUGUUCUGCGAUUCUGCUGUGGGCUGAAAGGCAAUGCCGCCGAGGUGAUUUUGCAGCGCAUUGGAGAUCUCUUGAAGCAAAAUGAACUGAACAAGUCCCUGCAUAGAAUCUCGAUGUUGCUCCUCUUUGAAGCUCAAUCAGAAUCCCUUGUGAAAUACUUUGUUGAGACUGCGAAGGUUGAGUUUCCCUAUGAACUCCAAGGCAGCAUAAAGAAAGUUGUUCUGAAUGGAAACAAUUUGCAUGGUUUGUCACAAGUCAACAUCGAUCCUCUCCCCUCCCUUCACACACUAGAUUUAUAUAGAUGUGGUCUGCAAAACAGCGAUAUCGGGGCAAUCAUCCGUUUACUGGCCUCUCUUGGUGAUGUGAAGAAAGUCCAUUUAACAGACAACAACUUGCAUAGUAAUGUAGCCAAGGCAUUGGCUCCCUUCCUUCGUUGA